AUGCCUGCUGUGACGUCACGCGGCCGCGCGCUCCCCCGGGAGCACAACAAGAGUCACGCUCGCGGCCGCCGGGGCGAGGGGCGGGGUCUGCCAGCUCCCGCCAAUCAGCGGCUGCUCCGCGCGGCGGCCCCGCCCCCCGCUGCGUCGCGCGGCCCUGCGCGGCCCGUCCCCGCUCGCGCGGCCCGUCGCGGUCCGAGGAUGCGGGAGGCGCCCGCGCUGCCCCGCGGCCCCGCCGCCCCCGCUGCGCCCGCCUCCGGGCCCGUGCCCGUGCCCGGCUUCCUCGCCAAGCUCUGGGCUUUGCUGGAGGAUCCGGACAGCGACGACGUCAUCUGCUGGAGCAGGAAUGGCGAGAAUUUCUGCAUUCUGGAUGAGCAGAGGUUUGCCAAGGAGCUGCUCCCCAAGUACUUCAAACACAACAAUAUCUCCAGCUUCAUACGGCAGCUCAACAUGUAUGGUUUCAGGAAGGUGAUUGCUCUGGAGAAUGGUAUCAUUACAGCAGAGAAAAGCUCAGUGAUUGAGUUCCAGCACCCUUUCUUCAAGCAAGGGAAGGCACAUCUACUGGAAAACAUCAAGCGCAAGGUGUCUGCAGUGAGAACUGAGGAUCUCAAGGUCUGCACAGAGGAUUUGCACAAAGUCCUGUCUGAGGUGCAGGAGAUGAGGGAGCAGCAGAACAACAUGGACGUCAGGCUGGCUAACAUGAAGAGAGAAAAUAAGGCCCUGUGGAAAGAAGUGGCAGUUCUAAGGCAGAAGCACAGUCAACAACAGAAGCUGCUGUCUAAGAUUCUUCAAUUUAUACUGAGUCUGAUGCGAGGAAAUUAUAUUGUUGGGGUCAAAAGAAAAAGGUCUCUCACAGAUGCUGCGGGUGCUUCACCCUCCAAGUACGGUCGUCAGUAUGUCCGCAUCCCUGUGGAGAGUGGCCAGGCUAUGGCUUUUUCCGAACAUAGUGCAGAUGAAGAGGAUGGAAAUGGUUCAGGUCUGAUAAUCCGAGAUAUCACUGACACCCUGGAAAACGCCAGCGAUGGCCUCCUUGCUGUGGCACACACGAGUGGCAGAGCCAGAGAACCACAGGCAGCUCUGGAUCCUGGCUUACCUCUUUGUCAAGUAUCGCAGCCAAGUGAGUUAAAUUGUGCAGAACCUGUCUCAUCAGUUCCUAUAAACGAUGUCAGCAAAUCCGGCGAAAUAGGCACAGCUGCUGUGGAGCUCCACACUGCACAGCCAAAUGCUCCAGAGGACCCCGUGUCAGUAAUUGACUCCAUCUUAAAUGAGAACAACUCUGGAAACCAAAAUGAUCCUUUGCUGGACAGAGAGGAAAUUCAGGAUUUUCUGAACUGCAUCGAUGCCAGCCUCGAAGAGCUCCAAGCAAUGCUGUCAGGGAAGCAGUACAACUUUGGUGCCGAAGCAUUCAGUGAUGCAUUUAAUCCGGAGCUGCCAGCCCUGGAUAUGAGCUUGAUGGAAACGCCCCCUGGUAUUGAAAAUAUGGCAAACUUGGCAGAGAGCACUGAAGGUCUGGGAGCAAGUGAGAGGGAAACAGCAGGAAGCAAAGAUAUGCAGCUGAUCCAGUACAGGGCCAACCCUCUGCUUUCCUUAUUUGAGGAGCUACCUUCAGGUGAAGCUGCAGGGAAGGUGGAUGAUCCAAAAGACUUUCUGCUGCCUCCCCUGGAGGAGAAACCUGCUCUCCAGCCUCCAUCAGCCAGUGGAACCGUUGUGCCACUUGCAGCUCCAGCAAGCCAGGCCGAGCCUCUGGACACUCUGGGAAUGGGUGAUCCGCCUCUCCUCCCAGAAGAUGGGAAUGGAGAGUAUAAACUUUUCCCACUUCUGCUUCUCAGUCCUGUUGCUAACUUCAUAGAUGAGGCCUCUGAGAUAGAAACUUCUUGAACUCAUAGAACAUCUGUAACCGGCUUAGUGCUAUGGAAUAACCACCUAAGGAAUAGAGCAGCAAAAAGUGUGAGCUCGGUCCUCUCCUGCUUCCUGGGGACCCUGCUCUGCACAGACUAAUGGAAGUUCUCUUGCUGCUAGCAGGGGCACAUCUGGGAGAACUGAUCACAAGCUCAACAACAACAAGAGCUGGUGGAGUGAAGGCACCAGACAGAGGGGAAGAACAACAACCCUAUAAACAUACCACAGUGUAUUCCAUAACUUUUUAUCCACUAUUCUUACUGCAAGAGGAAAUCUGUUUGUAUCCUGUUUGUAAAGUUUGGCUGGGUUUUUUUUUUUGUUGGCAGGUGGUGUUUGUUUUUAUUAGCAGGAUAGUAAUGUGAUGUGUAAUAUUUUAAACCUGGGUUUUACUGUUUGGAGGGCCUGCU